AAGCCCUGCAAUGUAUCUAUCGAUACGAUAUGGGAGUAUAAACCUAGAAAGUGGUGGUCAAGUGGUAGAUGUGAUUGAGGCGGUGGCACAUCCUUCGUACAGUGAUUGGACGCUCGACAACGACAUCGCUCUGAUCCGUACGAAAACACCAAUUUCUUUAGACUCGUCGACGGCGAGUGUGAUCGCACUGCCAGAGCAGGACUCGGAUGUGGCGUCCGGACAGUCGGUUACUAUAACCGGUUGGGGAUAUACUACUGAAUCGGGACAACUCGCGCCAAUUUUGCAAAAGAUUUCAAUUCCAGUGGUUGAUAGAAAUGUUUGUCGAGAAACAUAUAAAAAUUAUAAUGAAGUCACAAAUAGUAUGCUUUGCGCGGGUAAUCCCAAAGGAGGGGUGGAUGCGUGUCAGGGAGACUCUGGAGGGCCUGUAGUGGCGAAUGGGAUUCUUGUGGGUGCCGUGUCGUGGGGUUACGAGCAGACCUGUGCCCAACCCGACACUUAUGGGGUUUACACACGAAUUGCCAAAUUCAGGGAUUGGAUCAAAAUUAAAACAUUGAUU